AUGGCAAGUCCAAGACUGUUAGGGACUGCUUUCCUGGUCUUGCUUAUUGUAGACAUCGCCUUUGCUGCUAGGACACUGCAGGCAAUCAGUGGAGGUGGAGGUGGAGGAUAUGGUGCUGGUGGUCGAGGAGGAGGUGGAGGCGGAGGAGGGGGUGGAGGCGGAGGCGGCGGCGGCGGUAGCGGAAGUGGGUCAGGUUCUGGCUAUGGGUCCGGUAGCGGCUCAGGCUAUGGUUCUGGUGGUGGGAUAGGUGCUGGAGAAGGUGGAGGUGGUGGCGGAGGCAGUGGAGGCGGAGGUGGUGGUGGUGGUGGUGGAGGUCACGGCGGUGGAUCCGGAAGCGGGUCGGGCUAUGGAAGUGGAAGUGGAAGUGGAAGUGGCCGUGGCAGGGGCGGGAAUGGAAGUGGUGGAGGAGGGGGAGGGGGAGGCGGAGGCGGAGGCGGAGGUGGUGGAGGUCACGGCAGUGGAUCCGGAAGUGGGUCGGGAAGUGGAAGUGGCAGUGGAAGUGGAAGUGGCGGGAAUGGAAGAGGUGGAGGAGGAGGAGGUUUUUCAAUGGCUCCUCCUAGAUUUUUUAUGUCUGCACCUAUUCCUUCUAUUGGAUGCAGCUUUCCUCUAACAAUGGCAGCAAUACCUUCCUCUGUACCGAUUGUUUCGGUACUGCCAGGACUCCCCUCUGCAGCAUCAAUCGUUCCCAACACACAUCUUCAUGGUGCUGCUGUAAUCCCUCUCUCAAAUACUCAUCAGGUUAUCUCCUUGAAACUGACCACUAAUAACUAUUUGUACUGGAGAAUGCAAAUAAAACCAUAUUUGUUGGGUCAGGGUGUGUAUGCUUUUGUUGAUGGAUCUUAUCCUUGUCCUGCACCCUAUGUUACAGCCACCGAUACAGCAGCUCCUGGUAUAAACCCAUUCUUUCUCUCAUGGAAGCAACAAGACCAAUUAAUUAUGAGUGCACUCCUCUCUUCUUUAUCUACUGAAAUUCUACAUCUUGUGAUUGACUGUGACACAUCUCAUAGCAUAUGGCAGACACUUGAAAAAUCCUUUGCUUCACCGUCACAUUCAAGGAUUAUGCAGUUACAUGGUUCCUUUCAGGAUUUGCGUCAGGGAGAUGAUUCAGUUAGCACUUAUCUGCAGCGAGCUAAGGUUCUUUUUGAUGAGUUGGCUGCUGCUGGUCGGCCUCUCUCCUUAAAGGAUUUUAAUCUUUAUGUAUUUCGGGGCUUGCGCAGUGAUUUCAAAGACUUGGUGACCAGUUUGUCUACACGAGCAGAACCCUUAUCAUACUCUGAUCUUCACAGUUACCUGCUCACUCAUGAAUACCUGAAUAAAAGCUCCCUUCAAUCCACUCUUGGCUCUCCCAUGACAGCACCUUUGCUGCCCACACCUUCACAUUCCACAACUUCAGUAUUCUCAAUUCAGUGUGGUGGUUUUGGUGGUCCUUCUGGCCAUUCCUAUCGUGGGCGUGGGCGCCACCAAGGUGGAUGGAGAGGCUACCGUGGUGGUAACCAUGGCACCUCUGGAUCUAGUUGGCAGCAGAUGUCUGGGUCUAGUUUUCACCGUGGUUCCCGUGAGUCUGGGACUGCUAAAUACUGUUCUCAAUUUACCUCACAACAUUUGCAAGCUACUGCUAACUUGGCAUUUCAGAAUCCUCAGCUCUCCCCUGCAGGUUGGUUUCCUGAUACGGGUGCUAAUCAGCAUGUGACACCGGACCUCGCUAGUAUGACGAGUUCAGAGCCCUAUCUUGGCAGUGAUCAAUUGCAUAUCGGUGAUGGUAAGGGACUGAAAUUUUGCAUUGAGAAUAAUGUAUUGUUUGAAUUUCAUUCAUCUGAGUUUUAUGUUAAGGAUCUAAUAACCAAGGAGGUGCUCCUUUCUGAUCAGAGUAGAGAUGAUCUGUACGUCUUAUCUGAGUCUUCUGCAACGUCCGUACCUCAAGCUUUCCUAUCAACGUCUGUGUUCUCCACUACUGAUGUUUGGCAUCGUCACCUUGGGCAUCCUAGCUCUCGUAUUUUAGGAAAAUCAUCGCGUCUGUCGUUAGGCCUUACUGGUCAUAAAACUUGUGCUCCUCUUGAGCUUGUUUUCAGUGAUGUUUGGGGUCCUUCCCCUAUGUUAUCUACUGAUGGUUAUCGAUAUUUUGUGAUUUUUGUGGAUGCUUAUACUAAGUAUAUCUGGUUUUUUCCUUUAGCUGCUAAGUCUGAUACAACCACCUUGCCUUCUCCAUCUCUACAAACAGCCCUCCCCGCCUUAAUCGUUUUUCCUACUCCCAUGCCUUCUCCAUCUACCCCAUUUCUGCCACCUUCUCCAACGCCUGCUCACAGGGUUGUUGCCUCCUCUCCUUUACCUUGUCCCGUGAGUAACAGUCCCUCUACUUCAUCUCCACUUUACUCUAGUAUUGAUCACUCUCCAAGUAUGGUGUAUGUUUCUCCAGGUACGGUGAUCCCAUUGUCAGCGGCCUCCUCUUCUAUUGUGGUUCCCUCUCGGCCUCCUGGCAGUCCCACAUCGAGCUCUUCCUCUGGCUCUCCUCCUGCUUUACGUCUGGUAGUUGAUUUAUCUAAUUUUGAUCUUCAGCAGGUUUCUCAUAGUUCCUCAACUCUGCCAGCUAACUCCUCUCGCAACCACCACAUGACACUUCGUCCUCGCCAGCCCAAACAGACGCAUCUUAGUGUAUCUCAGUCAUCUGCUACCGUGUGUCCUGUUUCGUCCCCUGCUACCGUGAGUUCUUCUUCUCCUGAACAUGAACCUCUCACGUUCAAAGAUGUCUCUCAACAUUCAGCAUGGCAGCAAGCUAUGCAAGAUGAGUUUCGGGCUUUGCAAUCAAAUGGUACUCGCUGGGUCUAUAAAAUCAAGUGGCGAGCGGAUGGUAGUAUUGACAGGUAUAAAGUCCGUCUUGUGGCUAGAGGGUUCACCCAACAAGAAGGAAUAGACUACCUUGAGACUUUCAGUCUAGUUGUUAAGCCUCUGACUGUAAGGUUAGUACUUACUAUUGCUGUGAUCCGUGGGUGGUUUAUUCAUCAGCUUGAUGUUCACAAUGCUUUCUUGAAUGGGAUUCUUCAAGAAGAGGCUCCCUGGGCAUGGUAUACCAGACACAGUGAUUAUCUCAUUUCUCUUGGUUUUCGUGCCUCUACUGCUGACACCUCUCUGUUUAUUUACUCUGAUGGUCAUGAUCUCAUUUACUUGCUUGUGUAUGUGGAUGACAUCCUGCUUACUAGGAACAAUUCAACUCUGCUAUGCCAUUUGAUUACCUUACUGAAUUCCGAAUUCAAAAUCAGGGAUUUAGGCUCUGUGCAUUAUUUCUUGGGGAUUGAAGUCACCCAAACUGCCAUGGGACUUAUGCUCUCACAGCAUAAAUGUACUCUCGAUAUCAUUAGGCGAGCCGUCUGUCAGUUUAUGCACUCGCCUACCGAUGGUCAUUGGUCUCUUGUUAAAAGAAUUGUCUGGUACCUUCAAGGAACAACAUCUUAUGGUCUCCACAUCACUCAGGGGUCCUCUCUCUCCUUACAUGGUUUUACAGAUGCUGAUUGGGCUGGUAGUCUUGAUGACAGAAAAUCCACCGGUGGCUACUUGGUAUAUCUCGGUAGCACCUCUAUUUCUUGGAAAUCUGGAAAACAACGCGCAGUGGCUCGUUCAUCGACUGAAGCAGAAUAUAAGGCUCUUACGGAUGGUACUGCUGAGAUUUUGUGGAUUCGGGCUCUGCUGUCAGAUCUUCAUUUUUCCUCUGAUCCUAUGACUAUCCUUUGGUGUGAUAAUUUGGGUGCUACCUACUUGUCUGUUAAUCCUAUCUUUCAUGCUCGCACUAAGCAUGUUGAAGUCGAUUAUCACUUUGUUCGUGAUCGCGUUGCUAAAAAGGAAAUUGCGGUUAGGUUCAUCUCCUCCCAGGAUCAACUUGCUGAUGUGCUUACCAAACCUCUUCCUCAUGCGUCCUUCACUUAUUUUCGAUCCAAGUUUUAUGUGGAUUCUCCUCCUUCAGCUUGA